AUGGGUUCUGAAAUCUUGGGCUACUGGCUGGUGUCGGAGCGUGAGUGGGAGCGUUCCCGGGCCAUUCAGCUGUGCGCCCACUUGCUGAGGGCGCGUCACCAGAGGAGCGGCGCUUCCCCACGGAUCCCCCCGGGGCAGUUCAGCCGCCUGGCUGGCGUGCUGGCGCCGUUCACCUGCGACACGCUGGGCACCAUCCGGCAGGGUGCUGGCGACUGCAUCAGGGUCCUGCUGAGCCUCCAAGGCGCCGCGACGCCCCCCCGGGAGCCAAAGGGCCGCAUGGAGGAGUGGCGGCUGCGUGGGAUCCGGCAGGACCUCCAGAGCGACCACGCCAAGGAAGUCCACGCGGCCUCUCUCCAGCUGGCCAAGGUGGUCAGCACUGCCUUGCCCUCCCAGGAGAUCGUGGCCUUCCUGCGGGCCCUGCUGGAGCAGCUGAGGGCCGUGAGCGGGGCCUGCGACCAGGCCGUGCUGCUGUGGUUCGAGGCGGCCGUGAGGGUGCGGGGAGCGGACCUGAGGGACAAGAUCCGCGACCUGGUGGCUGUCGUUUGCUCCUCGCUGCGGCACUCGGAGGACCCCGCUCAGCGCCGCUGCCUGGCCCAGGCCGUCUGCAUCCUGGCCGAGCGCCGCCGCAAGGCCGUCUGCGCCGCCCUCCUGGAGCACCCCUUGCUCCACGACCGGGCAAGGAAGGAGCUGUGGGCUGCACUGGCCACUUCCAAGAGCAACGCUGCACCUGUCCUGAAGUAUUUGCUUGGCCGGCUGAGAGCAGAAGGAAGCACCGGCCCCAGCUGCGUGCCGGCGGAAAGCGCCACGUAUGCGCUAGGAGCUGCAAGCGGGAAAGCCAGCCAGCACGGAGGAGGGCCCAGCGCUCCCUCCUGCGGUGGCUGGAUUGGUGCUGGCAGGCUCAGUCCUGGCCUGGACGGGCCCUGCCUGGCCACGGGUCAGCCCUUCGCCCGGGAGAAGAGCGGCACCUUUGCCCGCAGAAGGCGCUCGCUGCGCGUGACCGGGCUGCCUUCUGGAGAAGGGCCGUCGCUCCACGGUUCAGCUGACGGCCCCGGGUUCAUCCACCGGCACCCCAGGGAAAGAUUUGCUGCUCUGGCGGCCCUCCGAGAAGUGGUCUUGGCUCUGGAGAGCUGCACCAGCCUGGUCCCGCUGCUCUCGGAGCUCUGCCACGCCCUCCUGUGGAAACUCAGCCGGGAUCCGGACGAGGAGAAGCCGACGCCGGACGUUGCUGCUCUGGAAAGAAAGGGGGGCCUCGGAGUGGAGGCUGUGGAGCCGCCUCGCAAGCUGGCCGUGGAGGUGCUGCAGACCGUGCUCAGCAGAGCGAUCCCAGAGGCUGCGCAGGAGCUGGACUUGGGAAACGCCUGGACCGUCUUGAUGCAGCCAGGUAGCAGCCUCAGAGGCGCCGCCCUGUUGGCCAGGGCCUUGGUGCGCUCAGAGAACCCCCUCCUGGACGAGCUGCUGCGUCGCCUCCUCCUCUCCCUGAGCGCCCCCAGAGAAGCCUGCACUGAUCUCAGCCUGGUCUUCUGCAUGGAGCACACGGGCCACCCUUCGCUGCAGAAGCCGGAGAUCCUUGACCUCCUCGUGCGGCAAUUGCUGGCCGGGGCCCGCAACGGGGACGCCACCAUGCGCUUCCUGUCGGUGCGCGGGCUGCGGAACGUGGCGGAAGGCGCUCCGCAAGAGGCCAAGAAGCACCAGAAGGCACUGCUGGACACGCUCCUCCUAGCCGCGGGGGACGCCGCCAGCCCCGAGGUGGCCAGGGAGGGCCUGCGGGCCCUGAGCGCGGUGUGGGGCUGCCUCGAGAGACGGCACGCUGCCGGUGCUUCCCAGGCCGUGGCCAGCCAGGCCCGCGCGCACCUCCAGCACGCGGACGAGGCCCUCCGAGCAGCGGCCUUCCAGCUCUUUGGCCAGCUGGCCAGGGCCACUCAGCCGAAGUGCGCCAAGCCCUUUGCCAAGGAGGCGGGCCGGGCGCUGGCUGCCCUCCUGCUGCACUUCCGGGAUCCGAGCCCGGGCGUGGCCAAGGCCUGCUGCGGGGCCUUUGUCGCGUGUGCCCCCUUCCUGGAGCUGCAGGAGCUGACGGCCGACAUGGAUGCCGGGCUGGUGCUGGCAGACGUCUCUGGCGCACGGCACUCUCGCCUGAUGGACAGGGCCUGCCAGCGGCUGGCCCAGACAGACCCACUGCUGCUGGACGCCAUCCUGGUGGAGGUGCCCCAGUACCUGCGCUGCGCGUGGGACACGAUCCGCCUCGCGGCCUGCAAGCUGGCAGGGAUCCUCGUGGAGACGGUGGACACGCAGCGCCUCGGACGCCUGGAUCUGGGCCAGCUCCUGCAGUCCCUGCACUCCCUGGGCCACGACCCCAGCGCCGCUGUGGAGAUCGCGGCCUCGGAAGCCGCCCAGGCCCUGCGGCGGAAGCAGGAGGAGAGCCAGGCCGGGUCGGACGGUGGCCAGCCCAGGGGAGCGGCCCUGUCGGGCUGGUUCUUCAGGCGGCGGCGGCGACAACGGCGGAAGGGCAGCCUGGCAGCCUUAGGGCUCGGCUGA